UCCUGAACAAACAAACUAAAGACUGGAAAGAUAUGUACAUUUUCCAGUGGAUUGCUCUUUCAGGAGUCUGGGGCGGAACCGCAGAGCAGGUCAGUCUAUUUUCCUCCGGGAACACGCUCGGUAUCCCGCAUUUCCUCGUGAGCCCGCUGACCGUCCGAGGCGAACAACGCACGGCCACCAGCAACGUAUUCUUGCUGCCGAGUCGGGAGUUAUGGUCAGCGGAUGAAAUAUUGGCCAAAACACCGCAGCGCUCAUACACUGUCAAUGACUUCGACGACUUCUUUCAAGAUAUGGGCUUCCCACUCGGGAUAAAACUACGAAAGUUGGUGGAAAACAUCUCGUAUCCACUUACAGCGCAUGCUCCCAAUGUAACCGUGCACUGUUUGUAUGGGACUGGGGUGGACACGGCUGCGAAUUUCGAAUUUGCCGAAGGCGAGUUCCCGGAUACUGAACCACACGUUGUGUAUGGUGAUGGAGAUGGUACGGUCAAUAGACGCAGUCUGGAGGCGUGCAGUAAGUGGAAGCAACGGCAGCUGUAUGACGUAACUCUGAAGCAAUACCCAUCGGUGAAUCAUAAUGGCGUGUUAAGUGAUGAAAAUGUGCUGAAUUAUAUCGAGACGCUGUUAAUCUGAUCGCGAAUGUGAACCUGUUUACACUGCUGUCAUUAUACUCAGUCAUAUUUGGUUAGAAGUAGUGAUCUUAGUUCCAUUUCUGUUUGACAUUAAA